GAGGUGGAGUGCACCAGGAGGGCUGCAGAUUCGACACCUAGUUUGCUCUCAAGCAGCGCUGAAGUUGGCACCACAGAGGGGAAAGCAGGCCAAAGUUCCUGGUGGCAACAACCUGCUGGAAUUUUGUGGGUGUGGGCAUUCGCCGAGGGCAAUUAAUGGCGCCUCCUUCACAAUCCAGUUACCCUUGGUGAGGGCUCCUUUCCAUUCUCCAGAUUUUAAUAUAUUUUCUCUCCCACUUUUCUCUCAAAGUCACGGGCUUCCAUUUAUGUCUUCCAUACCCCUCACACCUGAACCCAGUUGGUGCCUGUUGGCAAGCUGUUCAGUCAUGGAGACAGACCGUUGUAGCUAAGCUCAAUCCCGAUGUCCAUGGACAAGCUUUAUCUAGCAUUGGCGGUGUGGAGUUGGUCACUGGCCAAUUCAGCCUCACAGACUUAACCUGUACAACCAUAGUUACAACUGGUCACUCUGUUGGGCCAGGGAAGGGGGGUGAGAUCAGUUAAUCCGACAUGAACUUGGAGUCCAACCAGGGCCCCUCUGAGCUGAGUCUGAUCCACGUUAGACAGUUGGUAUCCGCUGAAAGUUCACAGUCUGAACCGGCACCUCACCCGGUUAGCAGUGUGGCUGACGUGCCCCCUCCGAUAGAACGAACAGGCGGAAUAGGCGACUCAAGACCUCCAUCCUUCCACGCGAAUGUGACUGGGAGUCGGGAGAAUUUAGACAACGAGACAGAGACGGAAUCGGUGGUGUUGUCACGGAGAGAGAAACCGCGACGGAGGGAGAGUAUGGAGCAUGGUCCCAGAGUUAAUGGGCACCCAAAGAUGGAGCGUCAUCUUGCCGGCUAUGAGAGCUCAUCCACACUCCUGAGCAGCGAGUUAGAAACAACUAGUUUCUGUGAUUCAGACGAGGAUGAUGCAGCUAGCAGAUUCAGCAGCUCCACUGAACAAAGCAACUCUUCCCGGAUCCUGAAACGUCAUCGCCGCAGACGGAAGCAGCGGCCCCCGAGGCUCGAACGUGCCUCCUCGUUCAGCAGUGUCACUGACUCGACAAUGUCCCUGAACAUUAUCACGGUCACAUUGAACAUGGAAAAAUACAACUUUCUGGGUAUCAGCAUCGUUGGCCAGAGCAACGAGCGAGGGGAUGGAGGGAUUUACAUCGGGUCAAUAAUGAAAGGUGGAGCAGUGGCUGCAGAUGGAAGGAUUGAACCUGGUGACAUGCUGCUACAGGUGAAUGAUAUAAACUUUGAGAACAUGAGCAAUGACGACGCUGUGCGGGUUCUGAGGGAGAUCGUUCACAAGCCUGGGCCAAUCAUUUUAACAGUUGCCAAAUGUUGGGACCCAUCGCCUCAGGGCUAUUUCACUUUGCCCAGAAAUGUUCCAAACUCACUGAUGAGAUUCUCUGUGCCUCUUUCCGUAGAUGAGCCAAUUAGACCUAUUGAUCCUGCCGCCUGGGUUUCUCACUCUGUUGCGUUGACUGGAGCAUAUCCAGCUUAUGGUGCCAGCUCAUCCAUGAGCACGAUCACUUCAAGCAGCUCAAUUACUGAAACGGAGCGGUUUGAUGACUUUAACUUAUCAAUCCACACGGAUAUGAUGUCCGUUGCUAAGGCGAUGGCUUCCCCGGAAUCUGGCCUUGAAGUUCGGGACAGAAUGUGGUUGAAAAUUACAAUCCCCAAUGCAUUCUUAGGCUCUGAUGUUGUGGACUGGCUUUACCACCACAUCGAGGGCUUCCAGGAUCGCAGGGAGGCAAGGAAGUAUGCGAGUAACCUGCUGAAAGCUGGCUUCAUCCGUCACACAGUCAACAAAAUAACCUUUUCUGAGCAGUGUUACUACAUCUUCGGGGAUUUCAGCGGUUGUGAAAAUUACUUGGCCAACCUCUCCUUGAACGACAAUGAUGGUUCAAGCGGCGCCUCGGACCAAGACACACUGGCCCCCCUCCCUCACCCUGGCACCACCCCAUGGCCGAUAAUGCAUUCCUUCCAGUAUCCGUACCCACCUCCACACCCCUACUCCACUCAACCACCCAGCUACCAUGAGCUAACCACCUACAGCUACGGGGGAGGUGGGAGUGCUGGCAGCCAGCACAGUGAAGGGAGCCGAAGCAGUGGGUCAAACCGCAGUGAGAGCGAGAGGCGCACCAGCAAGGACAAGGAUGGCAAGACGGUGGAUUCCAAAUCGGGGAGCGGCAGUGAGUCGGAGUACUCCACGCGGAGCAGCGUGCGCCGCGAGCACGCCGGGAGCGAGCGGUCGGCCGCCAACAGUGAGCACAGCCACCGAAGCCACCACCACUCGGUGAUGGGCAGCGUGCGGUCCCACCACUCUGUCCACGCGUACGGGCCGCCCGGGGUCCCGCUGCAGUACAACCCCUUGAUGGUGAUGAUGGUGCCCCAGCCGCCUCCGUCGUCGGCCGCCGUGCCGCCGGGGGCCCCGCCCGUCCGCGACCUGGGCUCCGUGCCCCCCGAGCUCACCGCCAGCCGCCAGUCUUUCCAUAUGGCCAUGGGAAACCCCAGCGAGUUCUUCGUGGACGUCAUGUGACUCGGGCGGUUAGCGUGGGACUCGUCUUUUACUUUGGGUUGUUUUUUUUUAAAAAAAAAAAUUUUUUUUUCUGCGUGCCGCACCCGGCCGCAAAAUCGAAGAACGCGCGUCCGCCAAGGUCCGACGCUAACUUUGCGUACGCUGUAAAUAACGUCACCUCUCACACCGAGCUCCGCGUGGAGCCGACCGCGGCUCCGAAACCUCAACUGAAGUUGGCGAGCCUCCGGCUAACUUCCCGGGCAGCUGCUGAAUCUUGAGGACAUGAGCAACCGUAGCCGGAGCAGAGAAACCGAGACAAGUAUUUUAAAAUAAACUGCAUUUUUAGUAUAAUUUAAUUGAAGUAACAAUUAACAAGUGCAAUUCCUAGCCUUUUACUUCUCUUUUUUUUUUAAAUAUUAUAUACCAGGACUUGAGUAUUAUCGUCCACUGUAAUCACCAUGUCCCUGACGAGUUUGUGCUGCAAACUCCACCGCGUCUCGCCUGCAAAAAAAAAUUUAAACGACUGCAUAGCAACUGCCCGCUUAACUCCACCGAGGUUACGUUUGAAAUCGCAACCUUAAAGAGUAUUUUGGCUGCAGCCUUUGAAAGGGCAGUUGAGCUGGCAAGUCGCCGGUGCCUUGCAGUGUCACUUUCAGAGGAAUAGUGGAAAACCUGGGCUUUAUUUCUCUUUUUUUUUUAAAUUGUAGAAUAAAAGUAACUCGGUUACGUUAUUGGAAUGCUUUUGGAAGGAAAGACCAUUGGUAAUCAAGUUGUUAGUGCAGUAUUGCAAUGAUUUUGGAGUUUUUAAAAAAAAAAAAUUAAUAAAAAUAAAAUUAAAAGUCACGAGCCUUUGCAGUAAAGCCGAUCUCGCCUCA